ACAGGACGGGGCGUGGUGCUUGGCCGGUUCUGGCAGUGCUCCUCCUCUUUCCGGGACCGAGACGCGCUCCGGCACCAUGUCUGCUUACCCCAAAAGCUACAACCCUUUCGAUGACGAUGCGGAAGACGAAGACUCUCGUUCAGCCCCGUGGAGAGAUGCCCGCGACCUCCCCGACGGAUCCAACGCACCCGCCGACAGGCAGCAGUACCUGCGUCAGGAGGUGUUGCGCAGGGCAGAGGCCACAGCCGCCAGCACUAGCAGGUCCCUGUCCCUUAUGUACGAGUCCGAGAAGAUUGGGGUUGCCUCUUCCGAGGAACUAGUUCGACAGCGAGGAGUCCUAGAACACACAGAAAAGAUGGUGGACAAAAUGGAUCAAGAUUUGAAGACUAGCCAGAAACACAUCAACAGCAUUAAGAGUGUGUUUGGGGGGCUCGUCAAUUACUUCAAAGCCAAACCAACGGAGACCCCAUCUGAACAGAAUGGUACUCUUGCUCCCCAGCAGAACAGCAGAUUAAAAGAAGCCAUAAAUACAAGUAAAGAACAGGAGACAAAGUACCAAGCCAGCCAUCCAAACCUCAGAAGGCUGGAUGAUGUAGAUUCUGUCCUUGGAGGGCCUGGUUCUGCUGUGAAUACAGAGGCUUACCCAAAGAACCCACACCUUCGAGCCUAUCACCAGAAAAUUGACAGCAACUUAGAUGAACUGUCCAUGGGACUAGGCCGUCUCAAGGACAUAGCCCUGGGGAUGCAGACAGAAAUUGAGGAGCAAGAUGACAUUCUUGACCGACUAACAACUAAAGUGGACAAGUUAGAUAUCAAUAUAAAAACCACAGAAAAAAAAGUUCGACAACUCUAAAGAUAGAGAAAGUGUUCCAUUCCAUUGUGAUGAAAAGAUUGGAAAGAUCUUGUUUUAAAUUCUCAAGAAAUUUCAUGUAUUA